GGCCGGAACCUGUUCGCACCUCCAAGUUCCAUGACUGCGUUUCCCCUUCUCUGCCUAGACCCAGUCCCCUUCCGCGGCUUCCGCUGGGUCUCCCGGGUCUCGGGCGCGAAGUUUCGACAGGUCAGCUGUUUCCCUCCAGGGCACAGGAGGCGGAAGCCGGAGGGACGCGGGGAGGAGCUACGCGCGUGGGGGUGAACGCCCGCUCUACGUGCUCGUUCGCCUUGCGACCGCUGCGCGCGAGCCUGGUGUCCCCGCGGCGGGCAGCAGCAGCGGCGGCGGAGGUGUCGGUAGAACGCUAAGGGGGCGGAGGGAGUCCGCGGCGGCGCGGCGGCGGCGGCGGCUGCAGCAGCGAAAUGGCGGAGACCGUGGCGGACACCCGGCGGCUGAUCACCAAGCCGCAGAACCUGAAUGACGCCUACGGGCCUCCCAGCAACUUCCUCGAGAUCGAUGUGAGCAACCCGCAGACAGUGGGGGUCGGCCGGGGCCGCUUCACCACCUACGAGAUCAGGGUCAAGACAAAUCUGCCUAUUUUCAAGCUAAAGGAAUCUACCGUUAGAAGAAGAUACAGUGACUUUGAAUGGCUGCGAAGUGAACUAGAAAGAGAGAGCAAGGUUGUAGUCCCCCCACUCCCUGGGAAGGCAUUUUUGCGUCAACUUCCUUUUAGAGGAGAUGAUGGCAUAUUUGAUGACAAUUUCAUUGAAGAAAGGAAGCAAGGGUUGGAGCAGUUUAUAAACAAGGUCGCUGGUCACCCUCUGGCACAGAAUGAACGUUGUCUUCACAUGUUUUUACAGGAUGAAAUUAUAGAUAAAAGCUAUACUCCAUCUAAAAUAAGACAUGCCUGAAAUUUCACAAGAAGGGGCGGAAAAAAAAAAAAACAACUUUCCAUGACUUAAUGAUUCAUAUGCACCAGUGAAGAAGUUCUAACUAACUUUAGCAUGCUGCACAAAAAACUGGUAUAAUAUGCCUUCAGUAUACUAACACUCAUAUGCUCAAUUUUGUUUUGUUUUGUUUUGGCAGUUGACAAGAAGUUAAUUUGCUUUAGUGAAAAAUCCUUCAUUCCAACCUUUCUAUAUAAAUAGCUCUUUCUUGCUGUUUUAAUGUGGUAUACACUCUAGCUUCACAAACCUGUUGCUCGAGUAUAACCUGCAGUGUCCUAACUAAACUUACUGACUUGGUCUUACCUGCAGUUUUUUGUGUCAUGUUUGCUUCUUGAAUCCAAUUAAUAGAAUAUUUCUCUUACCCCUUUUUAAUAUGUGGUGUCAUUUGACCUAAUUUAUGUGUGGAAGCACUACACAUUGGUUUCCAAUACCCUACACGUAAGAUACACGCUUGUAUGCAGAAAGUAUCUCCCUUCAGGCUUGUAAUACCCUUCACAUGGAAGAUCAAUGAGGGAAAUCUUUAUAUUCUGUAUAAAAACAAAAUCAAAUUUAUAUACUAAAAUCAUUUGUCUAAAAAUUUAAGUUGUUUUCAAAUAAAAAUGCAUUUCUGAUAUGCAC